AUGGCUUUUGGCAGGAUGCUCGUGGCUGAAUCUAGCGGAGGCUCAGCGGCGGGGUCGCCAGCGUCUUGGCCAUCAGUUGAAAAAAAAAAUGCCGCGACCAUGUGUUGGACGUGUACGGCGGCGGAAGUAGCUCCGGUGGAAGGUCGGCGGCGGAGUGGCGACGGUUGGCCUUCGGAGGCAGAGGUUACGACAGUAAAUAUUCUUACAGCUAAAAAUCUCCUCAAUCAAGGCCAUCUCUAUCUUGAUGUCAGGACUGAGGAAGAGUUCAAGAAUGGGCACGUGGAGAACGCCUUGAACAUACCUUACAUGAUCAAUACUCCAAAAGGCAUGGUGAAGAACCCCAGAUUUGUGGAUCAAGUUCUGUCCCUCUUGGGCAAGGAAUAUAAGCUUGUUCUGGGGUGCAAAAGUGGUGUUAGGUCCUUACAUGCAGCUACCGAACUUGUUAACGCAGAGUUCAAGCAUGUGUACAACAUGGGAGGAGGAAUCAGUGCCUGGAUUGACAAUGGAUUUGCGGUGGUGAAGCCACAUAGUGAGGAAUUAUAAUUAUAACUAAAUCGUUUAAAAGCAAAUAACAAUUAGAUAGAUGAUGCAUUUUAUUCAGACAUUGUCGGCUCAAAGAUAAGGCCCCUAUUAUUAAGUACAAUUUUGGUGGUGUUGGAUAUGUUAUUUGACACUCAAUAUUUUGUGUGGUGAGUACCGUUUCAUAGUUUCAACUGUACAAUUGACACAUGACUUAGUAAUUUGACUUCAUUUCGUCUCCA